GUCUGCAGAGGACUGGUCAGUCAUAGACCGCAGAGAUAGAGAGAGAGAGAGAGAGAGAGAGAGAGAGAGAGGACAAAUUUUCGUUGGGCCUUUUUAUUUAUUUUUUGGUAUUCGGGUUUUGAAGGUCAAGGACAAUGGAGGUGGUAGUGGUGGUUGCUGAAGAUGACAAGUCGCUCUGUUAGGUCUACUUACCCUGUAUCCCUGUGACUUUGAAUCUGCCGAGUCUUUGUGCUUUUGCUAAUUUCAACAGCAAAAAAGAAGAAAACAAACAAAAAGGAUUCCUGUGUGUGUUGUUUUGUGGUUUGCUAAUUAAUUUCAAUGGAGAAAAGAAAGUAUUUUUAGCGUCUUCUAUCUGGAGAAUGGGGCUAAGAAAGCAACCGGACCUCUUCGAUGGUGAAUGUUAAUGGUAUUCGCGAGGACGAGGAGGGCAAUUUUUAGAAGUGUAAACUUGCAGAUUCACAUAUGGGGAUAUGGGGGCAGAUUGGUAAAAGGCCGGUUUUUCUUGUUUGAGAGAGAGAAUAAAAGAAAGCUGGGAAUCGGUGACGAAAUUAUUCUUUGCGUUUUUCUUGUGAAGAUUUAUCGGUCAAAAUUCGUUUUUUUCCCUUUCUUUUUAAUCUGAUAUACGCGCCAGUCUCGAGCACUUUGAAGCUACUCUGACGGCGGUUGAAGGAGUUAUUUUUUUUAGAGAUUUCCAUGCCACUAGAUUAGAGGAGAAGCCCCAUAAGAAAUUUUGUGAGCCUUCUGUGAUUUUCCCAUUUUCAUUUUCAGGCUCCUGGGUGGCUUAAAAGCGAUUUUAAUUAAAAAAAUGGGGCUUUUUAUCUGUUAAGUACAAGCUUAAGCUCUCUGUCUCUCUCUUGGUUCUGAGAUUUGUGGCUUAGCACAAAAAAAUGGAGAAAGGAGGAAGAUACACCCUCUUAUUUUGCUACAAGCAGCUCUUUACUCUUAUUUUGCUGCUGGUCUCGUUCUUCUUUCCCUACACCGCUGCGUACUGCCAAGAGAAAACGACUAGGCACAUCUCCUCUCAGCCUCCACCACCCAAAUUCCAAAACGGGCUCAGAAGAAUUCUUCUCAGCAUUGCAUUAGGAGCACUAACAGGUUUGCUUGGUGCCUUUCUCUUCGCUCUCAUAGUCCGCAGUUUCGUCCGGUACCUCAACCGGACCCCACUUCUCAAAGGCCCCGUCAUAUUCUCCCCCAAAAUCGCUCCCAAGACGCUCCAAGCUGCUCUCGCCAAUGAGAACCAUCUAUUGGGGUCGAGCCCAAAUGGGAAAUACUACCGUACCGUGCUCGACAACGGGCUUAUCAUCGCGGUAAAGACGCUCGAGCCGUUUCAGUCCGGUUCGCCAGAGAAGUCCGUGAAGAGAAAGAUACAGCAGGAGCUGGAAACGCUUGCUAGUUUGAGACACCGGAAUUUGAUGAGCCUAAGGGCUUAUGUUCGCGAACCCGGUGGUGGGGUUUCUUUGGUUUACGAUUAUGUCCCUACUGGGAGUCUUGAUGAUGUAAUGCAUAGAGUUAGGGAUACUCAGUUGCAGCUUGGGUGGGAGGUGCGUCUUAGGAUUGCGGUUGGGGUUGUUAAGGGGCUUCAAUAUCUUCAUUUUGAUUGUGAUCCUCAGAUUCUGCACUAUAACUUGAAGCCUACGAAUGUGAUUUUGGAUGCAGAGUUUGAACCCAGGUUGGCGGAUUGUGGGUUGGCUAAGCUCAUGCCCAGUUUGGAUAGAGCAACUUCUGGCUACAGUGCUCCAGAGUGUUUCCGAAAUUGCAGGUAUACGGAUAAGAGCGAUGUUUUCAGUUUCGGGAUGGUAUUGGGCGUCUUGUUAACUGGUAGAAAUCCUACAGAUCCAUUCUUUAGGGAACCUGCUAGUGGGGGUUUGGGGCAGUGGCUGCGACAUUUGCAACAAGCAGGGGAGGCACGAGAAGCACUAGAUACGAGUAUUCUAGGGGAAGAAGGGGAGGAGGAUGAGAUGCUGAUGGCAGUGAAAAUAGCUGUUGUAUGCCUAUCAGACUCUCCUGCAGACAGGCCUUCCAGUGAUGAGCUUGUUCAUAUGCUAACCCAACUGCACAGUUUUUGAAGGAAAUGUAAGUAAAAGUAUUGAAUCGUCUUCGGUGUUCUGUAUAUGUUUGGAAUAUUGGGAAUGUUUUUGCUUGAAGGGAUCUCGUUUGCAAUCCAAUUGGGGUAAUACUCCAAAGUGAUCGUGGUGUUGUGGCUGUGAUUGCUGCAUUCUAUA